AUGAAGUUUGUGCACGUGUACUACAUGAAUGUGUCGCAGGUGGCCGACGAGUCCGCGGCGUGCAUUAGUACAAUGGACAACCAUGACCAUCGAGAAGAGGUGUCUGCACAGAUAAGCUUUGAGCGUGAUCUGUUGGCUCAAUUGGAUAAAUUCAUUCCCAUUCAUAAAAAGAAUGGUGGCUGCUACACCCAAGUUGUGUCACUUAUUGAUUGGGAAAAGGUGGCUUUCGACGGCCACUCGGCCGAGGAGUGCCGCCAGUGCUGGGUGACCAUCCAGUCCCGACUGCGGGUGCACCGCACGAUGGGGGAGCUGCUGGCGGACGCUCAGGCGGCUCUCUGGGACAUACACCGGGUGCGCAGCGCGCUCAAGCGGAAGCUGCUGACAAACGGCGGCCCCAAGUACCCGGGAGGCCCGUUCCUGCUGUUCAGCCGGAAGCAGUACCCCAAGCUGAGGAAACAGCACCCGGAUGUGCACCCGGCAGAGCUGCUGACCCAGCUCAGGGAGGAGUACGAGGCCCUGCCGGCAGAGAAAAGACAGGCUUAUGAGGAGAAGGCGGCCGCUGCGGUCGCCCAGUUCAAGACCGCGCUGAAGACGUUGGAACAUCUCUACCCGGAGCUGGGUUUGCUGAGAACUCUCGGGCCGCCCACGCGUCCACCUACAGGGUCAGAACUUUACAGACUGGAGCAAAAGCGGUCGUCGCGCCGCAAGUCCGCGCGGCCGUUCAAUUCCCUCUUUUAUGACAAAAAGAACGAGUACCUCUCGCGGGCCAGCCGGCUGCGAGCGCACUACCUGGCGCUGGUGGACGAGUAUAUGCUGCACUUUCCCGGCUGGGAUGUGCCCGGCGCGCCGACGUACCGCCUGUGCCGGGUGAACUUGAAGAACGCCAAGCCGGUCACGGGCAGGGACGUGUUCUUGCGGGAGAAGAUGCCGACAGAUUUCGGCGUCCUGGAUGAGAGGGAUUGGCGAAACAUCCUGAAACGCAAGUUCUUCCUACUCAACCCUGCUGACAAGGAGAAGUACGAGGAGCGUGCCAGGCAGCUCACCAUCGAGGCUGCCGAGUCCGAGUUCCAGGGGAACGCUGCCACCCAGUCGGGACCCAAUGCCAAGAUCGAGGCGGCCGCCUGGCGGCAACUGCUGGCCGACGCCGAGGCCGAGCUCAUCGCGAAAACCCCGGCGACUUUCGAGGCCCAGCCCGUCUUCGACGCAGAGGCUCAGGCGGAGUUCGAGGCGGGGGCCGUCGCGGACUUUGAGGCAGAGCGGAUGUCGCGGCUCGAGUACGAAGACGGCCAGAUUGUGUUUGAGACGGAAACUCUGUCGGAGUUUGAGGCAGAGGCACUGGCCGAGUGUGUGGCCCGGGGGGAUCUCGAUGGCUCUCAGGUAGUGUUCGAGACUGCUGCCGAGGACCAGUCUGUGCUGGAGGCGGUGGCCGAACUCCCCGUGCCCGAGACAGUGACUCAGGCUGAGUCAGGGACUCGACUCACACCUGAAACGGAGACUCUACCCGAGCCCGAGACAGAAACUCAGUCUGAGUCACAGACUCAACUCGCACCUGAAACAGAGACUCUACCCGAGCCCGAGACAGAAACUCAGUCUGAGUCACAGACUCGACUCGCUCCUGAAGCAGAGAAUGGGGCCGUGCCCGAGACAGAGACUCAGUUCCAGCCGGAUACAGAGACUCCAUUCCAGCCGGAUACAGAGACUCCACUCCAGCGGGAGACAGAGACUCCAUUCCAGCCGGAUACAGAGUCUGAGGCAGUCCUGGAGGCUAAGACUCGGGCUGACCCAGAGACGGAGACUCAGAUCGACCUGCACACCCAGAACCAGCUGCGAACCGCGUCCGAUACGGAGCUCCACGCCGACACUGCGACACGGAGUGAACUGGAAGCCGGCGCACCCGAGGCCGAAUAUCCCAACGCCGGUCUCGUCAGGCUGGAGCGGCUACCCGACCUGCACGCUCUGGAGGGCUUCAGCGACAUCGACCUGGAGGCGGAGACCGACGCCGAUCUGACGGAGCUGCGGCCGGUGUCUGCCCUGGAGCCAGAGCCGGUCGGCGGCGGGACGGAGCUGACCUGUACCGGGCAGCACACGGACGGAGCGGCACUCGAGCCAUGUCUGGACUCCCCGACUUUAAACGGCGCCAGUUCAGAUAUGACUCUGGGCGGACCGGCGGGGGACGGGGUUUUCUCCCCCGGGAGACGACCAGAGGGCCACGGUCCCCCCUCGCCGGAAAUCGGACGGAAGAAGCGCAAGAAAUUGCAUGACGGUGAAAUUCCCGUUGAUGAGCCGCCACCAAAGAAGAAGAAAAAGAAGAAAAUUCGUGAUAGGGUCGAGGGAGCAAGUGCCAAAGACGACGAGAAUAACAGUGAGGCCCCGUGGUCGGCCGGUCCGGCCCGCCGGCCGCUGCCCGACCUGCGGACUCCGGAGCCGGAGCCGACCCUGUCCGGUGGUGACGGUCCGGCUCCGUCCUGUCCCGGACCGCAGAUCGCGGGCAAAGCUGCGCCAGAGAAUGAGGAGUCACAAGAGGCCGACGUUCCAGUAGAGGAGACGCCGCGAAAGAAGAAGAGAAAGAAGAAAGUUCGCGUUAGGCUCGAAGGACCAAGUGCUACAGAGGACCAGAAUAUCAGUGAGGCCCCGUCGUCGGCCGGUCCGGCCCGCCGGCCGCUGCCCGACCUGCGGACUCCGGAGCCGGAGCCGACCCUGUCCGGUGGUAAAGGUCCGGCUCCGUCCUGUCCCGGACCGCAGAUCGUGGACAAAGCUGCGCCAGAGGAUAAGAGGUCACAGGAGGCCAACAUUCCAGUAGGGGAGACACCGCGAAAGAAGAGAAGAAAGAAGAAAGUUCGUGAUAGGCUUGGAGGAGCAAGCGCGGCUAUAGAGGACGAGAAUAACAGUGAGGCCCCGUCGUCGGCCGGUCCGGCCCGCCGGCCGCUGCCCGACCUGCGGACUCCGGAGCCGGAGCCGACCCUGUCCGGUGGUAACGGUCCGGCUCCGUCCUGUUCCACACCGCAGACCACUGACGGAGCGGCGCCAGAGAAUGAGAAGCCAUAUGACGCCGACAUUCCAGUAGAUAAAACGCCGCGAAAGAAGAAGAAAAAGAGGAAAGGUCGCAAUAGGCUCGAAGAAGCAGUUGCCACAGGGAAUGGGAAUAACAGUGAGGUCCGGUCGUCUGCCGGUCCGUCCCGCCGGCCGCUGUCCAACCUGCGGACUCCGGAGCCGGAGCCGACCCUGUCCGGUGGUAACGGUCCGGCUCCGUCCUGUCCCGGACCGCAGGCCACUGACGGAGCGGCGGCAGAGAAUGGGGUGUCACAAGAGGCCGAUAUCCCAGUAGAUGAGACUCCUCGAAAGAAGAAGAGAAAGAAGACAAUGCGUGAUAGGCUUGAAGGAACAAGUGCCACAGAGGAUGAGAAUAACAGUGAGGCCCCGUGGUCGACCGGUCCGGCCCGCCGGCCGCUGCCCGCCCUGCGGACUCCGGAGCCGGAGCCGACCCUGUCCGGUGGUGACGGUCCGGCUCCGUCCUGUCCCGGACCGCAGGCCACUGACGGAGCGGCGCCAGAGAACGAAGACGGCACGCCGGACAACGUGGUAACACUCGAGGCGAUAUCCAAAGUUGAGGACGCGCCGGCAGAGAAUUUGGCGAAGGACAAAGACAACGAUAAAAACAUCACCGAAAAUGUCGAUAUGAAGGAAGAGAACCACGGGACAAAUGAGAACGAUGCAUCGACACCUACGAAAAGCAAGGCUGAUGGUCCGGGUGCCACUGGCGGAUACGGGAGCAGACGGCGGUCGUCUCGCUUCAUGUCGCGGCUGGGGCGGUCCUCGGUCAGACCAAGCCACGCGAAUAGGAGUCCCACAGUGGUGCGCGCCCUGGAGUCGUCUGGCACCAGCGGCGGCAGGCCGAGACGAAGCUGCCGUAUCAAACGGGGAAAUGUCGCCACUGUGCCCGAGAAGCCUCCGCAGAUGCCGCCCACUAGUCGUCAGAAUUGCGACACUUCCAGCGCUACGAUCAGGGAGGGGGCAGCCGGAACCGACCGGAAAAGGCGCUCCUGUGUCGCCGGUGAUGUCAGCAGCUCUGCGGAAGUUAAAUCGGAGGUGCUUGAAAAGCAGAUCAAAGCAGAACCACGUGUUUCCGUGGAACGUGAUACGAAAUACGAGCUUAUAAACCUCUCUGAGCUAACCGAUUCGGUAUGCGUAGAGUAUGAACCGCUGCAGCUACAGCCAGUUGUGAAGCUGGAGAGGGAACCGGGCUCUGCGCUGUAUACCUGACGGAAGCUGCAGUGUCCUGUCGCCGUCGAAAGUAAGGAGAGCGAGUUGCCAGUUGGCAGUAUCUGCGACAGGGGUGGCUGGUCAUUGGGUGACUCAAAACCAGCAUGGUGUGUACCUGCACUUCUCAGGUCUUUCAUACAAGAUGGGGAUGUAAUGUGGCACUUCAGGCAGCUCUGUGAUGGUCAAUGUGUGUGUAGCCUCGAUAACGGCGAUCCAUUGAACUGAUUGGGUAUAACUGGGCUGUGUCAAUACUCAAUGUACUGGUCAACUAAACGCGCUGUUGGCUUUUACGUAACGAGCUUUUAGGAUUAUGUGCCUUAGGAGUUUUCACACAAGACGACUGCUUGCAUGUUUUCAUUCGCGUGUUAAACGGAAAGUCGAAGGUGAUGACUAGCCUUGUACUCCGUCUAAUAUACGUUUUUAUUAAUA